AUGACCGAACCUUUGGACGCGAUGCCACAACAACAGCCUAGUUCCCCCAAUGACCCGAUGAACAAUGACGGCGUCACGGGUAGCGCAGAGAGCGAUGGCGGCGACACCAACACCGACGGGCGGAAAGGAUACGGCAAGCGAGAAUUGAGCACAAGUAAGAGAGCGGCGCAGAACCGAGCAGCUCAGAGAGCUUUCCGACAACGAAAAGAAGGCUACAUCAAGAAGCUGGAGGAGCAGGUGCGGGACUAUCAAGCCCUGAGCGAAAACUUCAAGGCCGUUCAAGCCGAAAACUACCAACUUCGAGACUACAUCAUCAAUCUGCAAUCGCGGUUAUUGGAGUCACAGGGUGAGGUGCCUCCUCCUCCUAGCAACGUCGAUGGACUACAACCAGGCAAGCCCGGAGUCACUCAACAACCCGGCUUACUGCCUCGACUAUCCGAGCUCGGUGCUGUGGCUCAGCUUCAGGACAGUCUGCACCACGAACCUCACCGAACCGCGGCCUAUCCGGAGCCUGCCUAUUCAGACCCUCCGGCGGCGAAACGACCUCGGACAGAAUCUGCUGAGAUGACAGCUUCCCAGGCCGCCCUCCAAGGCUCGACAAUCCUAGCCCAAUCAUCUGCCGGGGGUCGGUGA